UGAAAUCGUUUGUUAAUUUAACCGGAAUUCUAGCUCUUUUCUGACAGGCAUUACCGGCUCAUUUUCUGGCAGGCAUAAUAAACGUCAUUCAGAUUCAGCCGCCUUUCGAUUUUGUGCGUUUUUGUGAUUAGUAUUAAUAUUGUUAUUCUGCCAACUGGUUAGCUGCGUGAAGUUUUUGCUGAUAGCUGUAAUUUUCAACGGAGCAAAAUGACUAGUGAAGUUGUUGAAGAUUUACGUUGUCGCGUUUGCCUCGAGACGGAAGUAAAUGAACUAAUGUCCUUGUUUUGCGUUGCCUCCACUCAAAAGAUGCUGCUGGCACAUAUGGUUCUUGCUUGCACAGGCGUCCCGAUUUCAACUCUGGAUCAGCUACCGCAGCUGGCAUGUGAUGGUUGCGUUGGUAAGUUGGAUGUGGCCUACGCUUGUUGGAAACGCUGUCGCCAAUCUUGGGGAAACUACAAAAGGAAUCCCGUUGCAAAUGGUAAAGACGACGAUUACUGUUGCAGAAUAUGCCUUAAGCAAGAUGCGCAGGAAUUUGUUUCCCUUUUCUGCAUUUGUGACAAACAUUUGUUAAAGAUUAGCGAAAUAAUUAAACAAUAUGCCGGUCUGGACAUAACUGAAAACGACGAAUUUCCUCAAUACAUUUGCAACGAAUGCCUGAUCGAGCUGAAUGUUGGUUUCAAUUUCAAACUGCUUUGCCAGCGUUCGAAUCGCACGCUACGGAGACAACUACCACAAAACUAUACAGUAACACUGAGUGAAGAUAUACGAGCAAAUAUUACGCAGCAAUAUCAAUCAAGCCCAGAAAUACCAUUGGAUACACCGUUGGAUGGUUCACCUGCUCCUGAACCAAGAACAGUAGAAGUUCCUCCAGCACUGAAAACCCCCAUAAUUAAAAAGACGCAGCAAAGUGGUGGGUUUAAAACUAACACAACCAUAACAAAGCAGGUCAGUCAUCCCAGUAUUAUAAUCAAUCCAGCGAGAAAGAUAAUUCGUCCAGCAAAAGUCCAUAUGACAACGACUAUAUCCAAGACUGUUGCUGUUGACCGUUGUGUAAAAACUUCACCACCAAAACAAUCAAAAGUACUUUCCUUUUCAACCCCAAGGGAAUUUAAAAAACUUGCAAGCACAAUUGUUCCCAAAUCAAAGUUUAUCAGUACCCUAACUCCUUGUCGAUUCAAAGUUCUAAGUAAUGAAGGUCGUUAUUCUGUGUCACAAAUAACAACUUUUACAUGCUCCGCAUGCCAAAUGCACUAUACACUAAAUGAGAUACGGGAAAAAUGCAUUAAAUGUAAUUUACCUUUCAAAAACUUUACACCAUUCAAGACAAAUAUUAAACCAACUUUGGGUAAACCACACGCGAGCUUCUGUUGUAAUCAAUGUAGUUACUUCAGUUCAACGCAUCCCGCAAUGGUUAAUCAUUUAAAGCAACAUGAUAAAAAAGCACCGGUCAAGAAGAAAACAUCACCGCCGUCCCCAAUAACGCAGCCAGCAGAAAUAAAAGAGGAAAUGGAAUGUGUUAUCGAGCCAGAGGUGGGAACAGAUCCACUGGCAACGACUACUACUACACGACGGCAAAGUAUUGACACGGAAGAGGCUUUUGAAGGGUUUUCGGACGUCCCUGCGGCUAAGAAAUCGAAAGAUUGUGACACAUUUGAUGUUAUAAUCGAAUUGGACAGCUCCGAUGAUCUUGAUGCACAAAUGCAAGAAAUGUUUGGACUAGACGAAAGCCAAAGUACAACGAACGUACCGAUAGCUUCGAACAACGAAUUGGACAAUAUAAGUUCGAUGAAUUCAGGAAGCGACGUAGACCAAGACGUACGUGGAUACGAAAGUGACAGCGUCAGCGACUCAGAGGAAAAUAGAAUCGAUUCAAAAAUAUUUGACCUAUUGCAAGAAACUGAACACUACUUGCUUUUGUUUUUAAAUGGAACUCUUUGCUGUGGUUGUUUGAGGUUAUUUGAAUCACCUGAAGACUUGAAUCUCCAUCACAAAACUGCCCAUAUUCAGCGUCGGUUCAACAUUGCAGAGUUGAAUUGUACUAUUUGUAAGACAAUUUGUAACGCCGUUCAUGAAAUCGGAAUGCACCGAUUGCUAGCGUCGAAGAAGAUUUUCUACUUUUGUAAAAUUUGCUCACAGCUUCUGAUAUCGGAUGCAGACUUUGAAGACCAUCGAAUUUCCGAACACCCUACAGUCGCAGCAAGACCGAGCGAAGCAGACUCGUUUGUCUCACCUAAUAUGUUGGUUACAAGGCUGGACGAAACAAGCGCACUAACUGAACUUGACGCAAAGCUAACUGCUGAUGACAACGUCACUUUUGAUGUGAUUAAAGAGACCGAUACGUACCAGGUUUUGUAUCUGAAGUGUUACUUGUGCUGCAACUGCAAUCGGAUGUACAGGUCUAAGCUAGCACUUCAGGUGCACUGCGUCGAAUAUCAUCAAGUUCAUAAGAAUCAAUCAGCGCCUAACCAGUGCGAUAAGUGUCAUACUACUUUCAAAACGGAAUCACAGCUUGUACGUCACCAGUUGCGGGGCGCCAAGAAAAUGUACUACUCAUGUAAAUUAUGCCGAAAUAUUGUGCUCGAGAAUGAAGUUGACUUCGAGAUGCACUGUGCCGCUAGACACUCCAAAAUGAAAACAACGGCCAAACUGCUCGAUCCUACAGAAAAAGUAAUGAUGCUUAUCCAGAAGCAGCAAGUUGGUUGAUUCAAUUGAAUUUCACAAAUAAAAAUUUUCAUUGUA